AUGCCUCCACGGCCCAAGUUCACUGCUGAAAUGGAAACAGAAAUAGAAGAGAAGUUCCUUCAUGGUGGGAGAGGCCCUGGUGGCCAGAAGAUUAACAAAUGCAACAGCAAAGUCCAACUCCGACACAUUCCUACAGGCAUAGUGGUCGAUUGCCAGGCCACGCGUUCCAGAGAGCAAAACAGAAAGAUUGCAAGAGAGAAACUGGCACUGCGCAUUGCACAAUGGCACAAUGGUGACCAGCCCAUCGAAAGAGAGCUCGCCAAGAUUCAAUGGGAGCAGCAGUCAAAGCGAGCCAAGGAACGGAAGGCCAAAAACAAGCACAAAGAGGCCCGGGAAAAGCGAGAGGAGGCUGCCAGACAACAACUGGAGCAAGAACGCGAAAUCCUCAGAUCCAUGCUCGGCAGCUGA